AUGCCGUCACGUCUGUUCUCUCGCGACUCAACCGGCGCAGAGCAACAGCUUCCCUUCACCAGCGAUAGCGUCAACGAAGCCGACUUCGCUCAGGAUCCGUCGCAGGCUGAGCAUGGCGGACAUUCCCUCCCGCGCCGGAUAAGAGGGGGAUCAAUCACCUCAGGGCCCCUCGCUGGGUCGUAUACGCGCAAUCCUAUCCGCUCUUUCGCGCAUCAAACCUCGCAUGGUUUCGCCGGUACACCUCCCAAGCCGCAUCCAUGGGCCGCUGCUGACUGCCGUUUAGAUACCCCACAGUACUCGUCGCAAGGCGUGCGCGAGAGGAGUUCCCAGUUGGCCUCGUAUGCCCUCGAAGCCGAAGACUACCAAGACCGACCGCACCGCCACAGCUUCGCCGACGCCGACACCUUCGCGGGGAGACAUGGUGGUGUCUUGUCGGACAACGAGGAGGGGCGCGCGUCGAUAGACACGGGUCGCUGGACCGACACCAUCGAGGAGGAUAGCGAGGCCGAAACCCCCGAUACUGUUAUCGGGCCACAGCAAGACAAGAGCUUCUUCAGCCCCAAGCCACCAGGCGCGACGUCACAGAACGCGAAGAGAGCACCGGGGAGCGCAAACGUGCCGGGUGUAGUUGUCGAGGAUACCGAGCGGACACCUUUACUGCCCCAAACUAGACUGUCGCGCCCGGACCCGCAACAAAAGCAGAAGUCACACAAGAGCCAGCCAUGGACAAAACAGUCUAAAUCGCGCUUCCAGCAGACCCUCAUUGCUGGCCGGGAACACAUCUUGGGCGUGGGUCAGUCUCUGACAAACCCCAAGAACUAUACCAAGGACGCACUCGUCUCAAGCGCUCUCAGCACCGUUCAGAUUACCUCUGCCGUAUUCUUGGGAUUACUUCUGAACCUCUUGGAUGCGUUGUCCUAUGGCUACAUCCUGUUUCCCCUUGGCGCGCCCAUCUUCAGCAACACCGGUCCAGAUGGCAUCUCCAUCUUCUUUGUGAGCUGCAUCGUAUCACAACUCUGCUACUCGUUGGGACUGUCUGUUUUCAAGGGUGGGGUUGGUUCCGAGAUGAUUGAGGUGGUACCUUUCUUCCACAAGAUGGCAUAUUCCAUCAUGGACCAGAUGGAGGGCAAGCCACCAGAGGCCAUCAUAGCCACUACCAUCGUCUCUUACUGUUUGAGCUCCAUUCUGACAGGUCUCAUAUUCCUUGCCCUCGGAGCUUUCAAGCUGGGCAACCUAGUCAGCUUUUUCCCUAGACACAUUCUGAUCGGCUGCAUCGGAGGUGUUGGUUUCUUCCUUGUUGUUACGGGCAUUGAGGUUUCCGCCCGCCUCGAGGGCAACCUUAACUACGAUCUCCCUACCCUACAGAAGCUGUUCUCCGGCGACACAUGGUAUUUAUGGACACUGCCCCUUGCCCUUGCCAUCACCAUCAUGGUUUUACGGCGUCUGUCCAAGAGCCCAUUCGUUCUACCCGCUUUCUUCAUCACUAUAUUUGCUGUCUUCUACCUAAUCGUCAAAGGCAUCCUACACAAGGACCUCGAGCCUGUGCGCAACGCAGGAUGGAUCUUUGAGAUGCCAGAAGCUGGUGUCAAGUUUUACAGAUUCUACUCUUACUUCAAAUUCGGCAGCAUAGAUGGAGCGGCACUUGCCAGCACCAUCCCGACUAUGUUCGCCCUCUCGUUCUUCGGCAUUAUUCAUGUUCCUAUCAAUGUCCCUGCUUUAGGUGCCGCAGUCCGGGAAGACAACCUUGAUGUCAACCGAGAGUUGAUCGCUCACGGCAUCUCUAAUACCCUCUCCGGUUGCCUCGGUAGUAUUCAGAACUACCUAGUCUACGCCAACAGCGUCAUGUUCGUUGACAAUGGUGGUAACAGCCGACUGGCAGGUAUCAUGCUUGCCUUUGCAACGACUGCAGUCUGGGUCGCGGGCCCAGCCAUGGUUGGCUACAUCCCAAUCUGCUUGGUUGGCGCACUCAUCUUCCUUCUCGGUAUCGACCUCAUGAAGGAAGCUCUCUGGGAUACUUUCGGCAAGUGCCACAAACUGGAGUACCUGACUAUCGUGGCCAUCGUACUCAUCAUGGGCGUGCACGACUUCGUCGUUGGCAUCUUCGUCGGUAUUGUCCUUGCAUGUGUCAGCUACGUGGUGCAAAGCUCGCGCCACUCAGCCAUUCGAGGAACAUACAGUGGCAUGAUCGCAGAGUCCACUGUUCGCCGCCCGCGAUCAGACUCUCGCUAUCUCAACAAGGUGCGUGGUCAGAUCCGCGCCAUCAAGCUAGGCGGAUUCUUGUUCUUUGGGACCAUCGUUUCGGUAGAAGAGUACAUGCGUUCUUUGAUCGACGACGACAACUUUGAAAAGAACCCUAUCAGCUUCAUCAUUGUCGACUUCACACAUGUCAUGGACGUCGACUUUUCGAGUUCAGAAGGUUUCCAGCGCAUCAACCGCAUCCUGAAUACCAAAAACGUCAAGAUGAUCAUCUCUGGAGUCUCGUUUGCCGAUGCAGUCGGUCGAGCUCUUCAAAACGUAGGUCUGCUCGAUGAAGACGGUGAUGAAGAAUGCCCUCCACCACAAGUCUUCGAGGACCUAAAUACAGCACUUGAAUCUUGUGAGAACGAGCUUCUAGAGGUCUUCCACAAGCACUGGAACCGCCACUCCUCGAAACCGCAAACCACCCCUCCGAUGAGUAUUUCUGGUAAUGGGAAAGCGAGCAACGAACCCAUCGCAACAGGCGGCUCGCCCACCUCGUUCGGCGCCAGCUCCCUAAAUCCUGUCUUCUCCUCCCCGCGCCGCGGCGCCCGUCUAAUCGCCGCCCGCUCCACGAUGCGCGAGUCCGGCGAAGACUCUCUCGCUAUAGCAGACAACUCUUCGCUUAACACCAACAACAAUCAAACUACCCAAGUCGCCCCCUCGCGCUGGCGCAACUUUGCUCAACCACUGAAGAUUAUUCUCCAAACAUUCGAAGACGUAUCCACCAAGAACGAAGACUUCUGGCAUGCAGUAGCACCCUACUUUGAGCGCAAAGAAUACCCCGCGGGAACCGUCUUGUACUCGCGCGGCGACGACCCAGACGGCUUUUACAUUCUUGAAAAGGGUCGUUUACGCACAGAGUAUCAACUCGAUCAAGGUUCCUUCUUCGAAGUCAUCUUGCCCGGUACCACGUGUGGUGAGCUUCCGUUUUUCAGCGAAACAGAUCGUACGGGUACCGUGGCGGCGGAAAACGAUAGUGUGGCUUGGUUGUUGACGCGCGAGAGGUAUAAUGAGUUGGAGAGGAAGGAGAAGGAGGUUGCGACUGAGUUGCUGAAAGUGGGGUUGAAAUUGACCAAGGAGAGGAUGGAUGCUAUUACUAGUUAUGUGCUUGUUACUGCAUCUUGA